UAUUUUUAGGUGAUGAGUAUCUAAGAAUAGGAAUAAGUAUUCUCAUUCUACCAAUUUUUUUGGCAAGGUAUUCAGUUUGUAUGUUUUGAUCAAUAGUAAUUCCUAAUUUUACAGAAGCCACUUCAGGUAUCUUUUUAUUUAUUUUAGGUGUGUAAUAUUUAGAUUGUCCUAUAAAAACAAAAGACAGAACACUGCUCAAUGGAGAUCUCUUAGUGGCAUGAAAUCCUUAUUAUUUUCAAUACUACUCAUAUUGUCAGCAAUAGCAGGUCUAAUAUUAAAUGGUUACAUUUUGAUAGCGAUUAUUUUAACUAAACAGUUUAAAUCAGCCAAUCACAUAUUACUUUUCCACUUGGGUGUCAUCGAUAUUUGCAUAGGACUUCUUUUUCUGGCAUUUUUCGUACCAGUUGUCAACGGCAAAGAAUGGUCUUCUACUGGAACGCCCUGUCUUCUGCACGGAUUUUUUUUUACUUUAUUACAGCCCCUGGCACUAUGGACCAUAUGCGGAUUAAAUUACGAUAGAUUUUAUAUAAUUGCCGUGCCGUUGCAUUAUAGUCGAAUUAUUACUUCCAAGAAGGUUCUGAUUGGGGUUGGUGCAGUAUGGAUGGUUUCAAUCUUGGUCAGUGCUCCUCCUGUGUUGGUAGAUAUUCCUUAUACAUUUAUACCUCGUAUUGGUAUAUGUGAACCAAAUAUAAAUUCAAAACCUCAAAUUUUGUGGUACGCAACGAUUUAUGCAGCGUUUACACUACUUUUACCGGCCACAUUUAUAAUAAUUUCCAAUAUUAAGAUCUUCAUUAUAGCGCGAUACCACAAACACAGAAUAGCCUCCGCUAUAUACCAAGUAGCUAUUUCCGCUCAAGUGGCUAUAACGCAUCAAAAAAAUCCAUUUUCAUGGUCCUUUGGUAGAAUGAGUACGCCACCAUCACACAUUUCUACACCGAGGUUUCAUAGCGCCCCGUAUAAUAUGCUUCAAUUCGUUGGAUCUUUUAUAAUAUUAUAUGUUCCUUAUUACUGUAUUAUUUUGACGGAAGCCGUUCUACAAGUAUUUGGUAACAGUGAAAGCACAAAAAAGAUCUACGAAUAUUAUCUAAAUUCAAAUUUUUAUGCAAUAUCUUCCAGUCUUCUCCUUCUAUCGGUUUCUGUAAAUGGUUUUCUUUAUGGUGUUAAAAGCAAACCAUUAAAGCAAGUAUUAAAGAACUACUGGAGAAAAAAACAAACAACGCAUGAUCUUAAUCAAGAAAUUCAAGCUAGAACACCAUCUACUUGUGGAAGUAGACGCCCAUCUUUCCUAGUUAAACCUGAAAAUCUUAUAGACGUAAAUAAAAUAUUAAAAUCGCCGUUUAAUGACCAAAAUGCAACAAGUCCUAAUACAUUACAGGUGCCAAGUAAUAAUAAACAAGGAGUGUCUCUAGUGACUGAAGACGAAUUGUACUACAAGUUGAAAACGAGCCGAAAAAAUUCACCAUUCAAAUUUUUUCAAGACAUUUUUAGACGAGACGACGGAUCUGAAACUUCACCAAAAAAAUAUAUUCCUCUGACCUGCAGUUUCGAAACCAAGAGGGAAAAAUCGCCUAAGAUUUUAUUAACCAAAGCUAAUUCUUCUACAAGCUUAACAAGCUUUGAUACAGGCUUCAACAAAGAUGAAAGCAGUACUAGCUUUAAGCCUUUAUUAGAUAAAGAACAACAAAGAGAUAGUGAUCAGGAGACCUCAAAUUGAUGUUAAAACGAAUCCAUACACAAAUUAUUUUUUAGACGAUUUAAUUUUUUAGAAGAAUUGAAGUCAUGAUGUAGAGUACAUAUUUAUAUUACAACCAAAUGUUUCGUUUAAACAACCAAAAAGUGCGUUUAGAUGAAAUUAAAGAUAACUGCAGUGGUGAAAUAAAAUGUUACUAAGUUUUAUUAAAAAUUGAGUCCAAACGCACUUAACUAAUACUUUUAACAUAAUAUUCUGUUUUAAUGGUGUUUUUAUAGUUUCAACAAUGUUUCUAAAAAAUUGCACAAAAAUUAAUAAAACUAUUAAAAAG